GAGCCAAUUUGGAGGCGCAUGUGAAUCCCACUUUAUAGUGAAGGGUGGAAUACCAUGAGCCUUUCCUCAACCUCAUGAGUGGAAUAGAAUAUAUAUAUAUAUAUGAUCAUAUUCCCCAUGGAACCAUUAAGCAAAGAACGCCCUCCAUUUAUGCAACCUCCAAUCCACAGCACAGCAUUUCCACAACAGAGAGAGAUCAGGUUCUCUGUGAUUGGCACCGAGAUCCUCUCCAACACUCAAAGAGAAAGCUUAAAAAUGGGAGAAGUGGGAAAUGACAAGAGAAACAGCGCAGUGAAAUAUCAAAAGAGCUACUUUGAUGUCUUGGGCCUCUGCUGCUCCUCUGAAGUACCCCUGAUUGAGAAGAUUUUAAAGCCUUUGGACGGCAUCCAGAAGGUCUCUGUGAUUGUUCCUUCCAAGACGGUCAUAGUAGUCCAUGACAGCCUCCUCAUUUCUCCUCUUCAGAUUGUUAAAGCUCUAAACCAGGCGAGGCUCGAAGCCACAAUUCGUGCAUAUGGCACAGAUGGUAUCAUCAAGAAAUGGCCAAGUCCUUAUAUAUUGGCCUGUGGUGUGCUGCUGCUGAUCUCCUUGUUUAAAAGGUUCUUCCAUCCCCUGCGUUGGUUUGCUUUAGCAGCGGUCGCCGUCGGUGCGCCACCAAUUAUAUUCAGAAGCAUCGCUGCAAUUCGGAGAUACACACUAGACAUCAACAUCCUCAUGUUGAUUGCAGUUGGUGGGGCCGUUGCUCUUAGUGACUACUCAGAGGCAGGUUUCAUUGUCUUCCUUUUCACUGUAGCUGAAUGGUUGGAAGCAAGGGCCAGUCGCAAGGCCACCGCCGGGAUGUCGUUGCUGAUGAACAUGGCCCCACAGAAGGCUGUUCUAGCCGAAACAGGCCAAGUCAUUGACGCCCGAGAUGUAAAGAUCGAUACGAUCCUUGCCGUCAAAGCCGGAGAAGUCAUCCCAAUCGAUGGUGUGGUAGUUGAUGGGAGGAGUGAAGUUGAUGAGAGAAGCCUGACAGGAGAGUCCUUUCCGGUUGCAAGCAUCGAGAGUAAAUCAAGCCACCCAAUGGCAUCUGCACUUGUUGACUAUGCUCGGUCAAAUUCCAUUGAACCAAAACCAGACUGCGUGAGAGAAUUUCACAUCUAUCCUGGAGAGGGAAUUUGUGGAGAAAUACAUGGAAAAACCAUUUAUAUUGGAAAAAAAAGAAUCGCAGCAAGGGCAUCAUGUGAAACAGUUCCACAACUGGAAGACAUGAAGGAAGGAGUUACUAUGGGGUACGUCUUCUCUGGAAAUGUACCAGUUGGAGUAUUUACUCUCUCCGACACCUGCCGGACAGGAUCUGCAGAAGCUAUCAAGGAGUUAAAGUUGCUAGGUAUAAAAACUGCAAUGCUUACUGGAGACAGCACUGCAGCAGCCAUGCAUGCCCAGAAUCAGCUAGGGCAUGCCAUAGAAGAGCUUCAUGCGGAACUUCUACCAGAAGACAAAGUGCGUAUCAUCAAUGAGCUCAAGAGCAGUGAAGGAUACAUAGCAAUGGUUGGAGAUGGGAUGAAUGAUGCACCUGCAUUGGCCAUGGCUGAUGUGGGGAUCUCAAUGGGCAUAUCGGGUUCUGCAGUUGCAAUGGAGACCAGCCACAUAACCCUCAUGUCAAAUGAUAUCAAGAAGAUCCCAAAAGCCAUCCGACUAGCAAGGAAGACACAUUUCAAGAUCAUUGGGAACAUUUUCUUCUCCAUAAUCACCAAAAUCGCCAUCCUUGCACUGGCUUUUGCUGGCCAUCCACUUCUCUGGGCAGCUGUCCUCGCUGAUGUUGGCACAUGCCUACUUGUAAUCUUGAACAGCAUGAUGUUGUUACCAACAAGAACCCAAAAGGAGAAGAAAUGCUGUGGUUCUUCGCACAAAUCGCUUGUGCAAAGGCCUACAUGUGUAGACCACUGUGCCAAAGGUGCAUGCAGAUCCACAAGCACUUGUGGACAAUUAAACAGUUCGAGUUGCCUAGAUGAACAUAGUUGCCAUGACAGCAAUGAGGCAGAGGAAUUAAGGAUGCACAGCAAUUGCGAGAAAGAAGACUGUCACAAGGAAUCACUAAGUCCUUAUUGUUGUGAGGAAUCAGUUAAACACACAAUCAAUGCAAGCCAAGAGCACCUGAUUUCAAUCACUCCAGCAUUGGAGCAUCAACAUGAUCACUUGCAGAAAAAGCACUGUAGGAGGCAUGCUGCAUGCAACCGCAAACCCAAUAUAAGAGAGGACUGUAGAAGCCAUGUCACAUGUGGGGAUCGGCCAUUGGACAACAACUCCUCAAGGGCAUCAGCAAACAUUUGCAGCAACACAAACAAGAAUGACACAGGUAAGUGCUGCAAAAGUGAUAGGGAAGAAUGCAAGAGGAGAGAUGGUUGCUUAUCUUCACAAGAGAUCGUGAGAGACACUGGUGGGUGUUGUAGGAGCUACAUGAAGAAAUGCGGAAAGAAAGACAGUUGCUGCAGUGGCAGCAUGAUACCGGAGAUCAUUACAGAGUAG